AUGCCCGGGCCAAUCAUUGAGGAGCUUCCGGAUGACUAUGAUGUGGCAGAGAAGGCGCAGCCCUCGCUGCGGCGGGGCUUCUUGACCAAAAGGAGCGAGGCCAAGGAAGUGCCGCAGGCUGCACCUGCGACGCCGGCUCCUGCACCUGCAUCGGGUGAAGGUGCUGGAUCCGAGGAGUUCGAGGAGGCGCCGCUGCAAGCUUUGCGGCAGAGGCUGCAAGGAGCUGUGGCAGCAGCCCGGCAGCGCGCACAGGAGGCGGCCAGCGCGGGAGAGAAGGAGAGAAAGGCCUUAGAAGUCCAGCUCGCGCCCCUGCAGGCAAGAUGGCCUACAUCUCAGAUCAAGGAGCGGCAGGCCAAGGCCAGCAAAGAGAUCGACGACGCAUUGGCGGAAAUGCGCAUGAGCAUCAACGACGGCAGAAGGCUCCGCAGCGGCGAGGAGCGCCGGGCGCUGGCGGAGCUCCGGAAGUCUGCGGAGGACGUGAUGGAUCGAGUCCAGAAGGUGGCGGACCAAGCCAGCGGCCGCGGAGCGGCCGAGGACCGCCAGCGGCAGGCUGUGGCAGCCUUCCACGUGCUGCCGCUGACGGCGAAGCUGCGGGUCCUCUUGGGCGAGAAGGCCCUGGCAAUCCCUCUGGUGGGCGGCGCAUUUGCCCUGGGAGCAGCUGUGGUGCUGGGCAUUUGCUUGGAGGUCUUUUCAGCCUGGGGCUGCCGAGCCAACUGCUGA